AUGGGCCUCGGAAUUCUCGAGGCUCAUGGCCACGAAAGGGUCCCAGGUACCACAAGAUACUUUGACGAACCAACCCGCCCACAAGAGGCUUCCGACAAUGAACAACACUUGAAAUCCGAUCCGAUUUCCCACAUCAUCCUCGUCCCUCAACCUUCUGAUGACCCCAACGAUCCCCUCAAUUGGCCAAUAUGGAAGCGUGAUCUAAUUACCUUCACCCUGUGCUUUGCUGCCAUCUUGGCCACCGCCCUCGGCGCCAUUCUAGCUUCCAAUACACUUGUUAUUUCCGCCUACUUCAGCGCCACUCUGUCGGAUACCGCCGCGUUAACGGGCUACUAUCUGCUCGGCGCUGGUUGCGCUGCAAUCUUCUUCGUUCCCUCUGGUCGCAUUUGGGGCAAACGCCAUCUGUUCCUGAUUGGCAUCAUCUUUGUCAUCUUUUCCAGCGCCUGGGGUGGUGCUACCGGCAACUUCCCUCCAAAGGCUAGAGAUGCCCCGUUUGGUCAGUCGCGAGAUCAAAAAUCUCAUUACAACAGCCUCGCCGCGGCCCGCGCCUUCCAGGGCAUCGGUGCCGCUCCAUUCGAAAGUUUGCUCAAUGCCGCUGUCGGCGACUUGUACUGCGUCCACCAGCGCGGUGUCCGCAUGGCCUUCACCAAUUUGGCCGUCUUUGGAGGUGCUUUCUUUACCCCUGUUGUCGUGGGCAAAAUCACACACACGAUUGGUUGGCAGUGGACCUUCUAUCUGUUAGCCAUCUUCUCGGCCGUCACAUUCCCUGCGGUGUUCCUCUUCUGUCCCGAAACUGCCUACAGACGCGAGGCAAAACUCAACAUCGAUAGCGUGGUCGAAGAGGAGAAACUGAACCCUUCCACAAGUCCUCCUAGCUCUACGGCUCCCCAACCUGUCGAACCUCCUCGCCCCCAUGGAUUUAUCCUCUUCCCGAAGUCGUCGGCGAUGCAGCCAAUCGGCCACGCGAAUACACCAGUGAAGACCUUUGUCGAGUCAAUGUCGUUGUUCGACGGCAGAAAGACUCAUGAACGCUAUUGGGUCCUAUUCCUUCGGCCAUUCCCCCUUAUCUUGAACCCUGCCUUUGUUUGGGGCUGCCUCAUCCAGGGUGCUAUGAUUGGAUGGACCAUCUUCAUUGGUGUUAUUAUUGCUGUCGUCUUUAUUGGACCACCAUUCUUUUGGGGCGAGGAAAAGGCCGGCUAUACUUACACCGCGCCGUUUCUGGGAGCCUUGUUGGGUUUUAUUAUUUCUGGUCUUUUGGCCGAUACAACCGCAAAGGCGCUCACAAAGCGUAACAAUGGCAUUUACGAGCCCGAGUUUCGACUUAUCCUCGUUAUUCCUAUGCUCAUUGCAGCAGGAAUUGGGCUAUACGGAUUCGGCAUUACAUCCAACGACCUGCUGUCGGGCAAGUACUCGUACACUGUUCCGUUGGUUUUCUUUGCCUUUGAAGUCGGCGGCAUGGUUAUUGGCAGUGUUGCUAGUUCACUGUACAUCGUAGACGCGUACCGCGAUUUAACCAUUGAAGGGUUUACCUUGAUGAUUAUCUUCAAGAACAUUUUCAGUUUCGUUCUUACCUUUUAUGCGUACGACUGGGUUAUUGGCGGUGGAUUCCGGACCGUGUUUCUCAUUGUAGCAUCUAUUCAAAUGGGGAUUUGUUUGCUCAGCCUACCGCUGUAUAUAUUCGGGAAGCGUAUCAGAGCAUUCUAUACCCGCAACGACCUUUUAGCCUUGACUCGUCUUCGAUAA